AUGUCACUCAGGUCACCCUGUGCAAAGCUCACCGCACCCAGCCGACGCUGGUUCAUCCGGCGAAUGAGGCUGGACUGCCUGGGCGGCAUCUUCAAGAAGUCGGUGAAGCUGCCGGUCUCGCCUGGGAAGGUUCCCAUCUACGUGAUGUUGCAGCUCGACUGGCUCUCAGAUGAUGGCCAAUCCUUGCGCUACAAGGAGCAGCUCCAGCGGCAGCUUUCGGCUGCAAAGCGGGCUGGGAUCAAGGGAGUCAUGGCCUGGAAGCCUGGAGGAUUUGUCCGAUGCGUCCGGCCCGAGACGGAGCAGACGACCCCUGAGAGUUGCCGUGGACCGCUACGCGGCUCGAAGCGCGUGGACCGCCGGCGCGCGCCGCGCGGCGUGGACGCGCGGCGUGGACCGCCCAUGGCGGAGCCGGAGCUCUUGGAGCAGUGGCUGUCGGAGGUCCCAAAGGAACAGCCGGAUGAGCUUUGGCCACCGCCCCUUUGGCCCGGACACUUUUGCAAGAAAUCCUUGCUCCAGCUGCGCGACUCGAGCGGCCUGGCGGCGCAGUCGCCGCCGUACAGCUUCGCGGUCCGCUAUGACUUGCGGCCCUUGACGAAGCAGUGGCGCGGCCCAAAAAUCCGAUGA